AUGCAUCACUGCGGGGUCUCAAGCUUGGCGAGUGCCAAAAAGGACAAGGCUUUGGCCUUGCUCGCGACGCACCAUGUUGCAUUCGAUGCCAAUUCUCCCGAGGCAAAACGAGUGCUGCGAAAGAUCGACCAGAGGAUUAUUCCGAUGGUCCUGACCGUCUAUGUCCUUAUGCUCUUGGACAAGAACAGUCUUUCUUUCGCCAACAUCAUGGGAAUCAAGGAAGAGACUCACCUCUCGGCCAGCGAGUAUUCUUGGCUUGGAUCAAUUGUCUACUUCGGAUAUCUCGCCGGAGAAAUCCCCGUCACAUUCCUCAUGCAGCGGAUCCCCCUGGCCAAGUUCUUCUCCGUCAUGGUCAUCAUAUGGGGGGUAAUCGUCAUGAUGCACGCCGUCUGUCACGACUUUGCCACCCUGGCCGUUGUGCGAUUUCUGCUUGGCUUCAUCGAGGUGUGCACCGCGCCAAUCGUCAUCUAUAUUCUCGGUUCCUGGUACACCAAGGAGGAACAAAUCUCCCGCGUCGCCAUCUGGUAUACGAGCUCUGGCUGGGGAAAUGUCUUUGGAGGCUUCUUUGCGUGGCUAAUUUGGCACGCGAAGACGUUUCGGUGGCAGGCGCUCUUCCUUUUCGAAGGAGGAUUAACAGUUGCCCUGGGCGUUAUCUUGUGGCUGUUCCUGGCCGCAUCGCCUACUGACGCGAAGUGGCUCACGGAAGAGGAAAAGACGAUUGCGCUUGAAAGAUGCAGAGACAAUAGAACUGGCACUGAGGUCUGGAAGUUCAACAAGUCGCAGCUGUUUGAAGCCUUUUGUGACCCGCGAUUCUACCUCAUCUUUCUCUUGUUAGUAUCUACCGGUUUGCCCAAUGGUGGUAUAACCGUCUUCGGGCCUUCAAUUAUUUCUGCGUUUGGAUUCACUCCCGAGCAAACGACACUCCUGAGCAUGGCCCCCGGCUUCGCAGCCGUGAUUGGCACCCUCGUCGCCUUGGCCGUUGCCAAGUAUACAAACCGAACAAUAGCAGGAAUGUACAUCUUGGUACUGUCCUGUGUCGGUGUCGUCAUGAUGUUGACAAUCUCGCCCUCUAACCACACUGCCAGAUAUGGUGGUUACAUUCUUACCAUGCAAUUUCCCAUCUGUGUUCUUUUCAUUAUCACCUUCAUGACCGCUGGCGUUGGUGGGUCGACUAAAAAAUUGGCCUUUGGUGCGUCAUACCAGCUUGGGUACACAGUCGGCAAUAUCAUCGGGCCGCAGACAUAUCGAAAAUCAGAUGCCCCUGAUUAUUAUAUCGCCAAGUAUACGAUGCUCGCAUUUCUCAUCCUGUGCCUUAUUCUUCUCGGAGCCAUCGGCCUUAUCCAUACUCAUUGGAACAGAAAGAGAGAUAAGCAGGAUACUCUCGAUGCCCAAAAUGGUGUUGUCCAUGACACUAUUGAAAAUGAGGAGUUUGCCGACUUGACGGACUUCAAGAUUCGAUCCUUUAGGUACCCUAUUUAG